UUUGACUUGAUGACGUGACGUCAUAUUGUCAAGGUAAAUAACAACUGAGGCAAUGGCUGCAGCUAAACCAAAACAUGACCCACCCCACGGGAUGGAAGACUACGACUUAAAAACUGACGAAGAUUUGGGAGCUCUCAGUGAUGGCGAUCAAGAGAAAUUAAACCAAUUAAAGAUCCAUAUCCGAAUUGAAAAUGAGAAGUACUUGAAUGAGCACCCUGAAGUAGAAUGCAUGCUAGCUGGGUUUUUAAGUGAAAUUCUAAUGAAACAACCAGAUAAUAUUCAUGAAUUUGCUGCAGAGCAUUUUACCAAUCCUAACCUUAGACGUAACAUUGGUGAGGAACUUCAGCAGAGACAGGCAAAGAUGAAAGAAAAUCUGUUAUUGAAGAAUUUUUAGUCCACACUAUGAUGAUCUCAAGAUGUAUUAAGCACCUAAAUGUCACUCAUCCCUUUCUGAAAUCAAUCACUGACAACUUUUACCCCAGACUGCUGAUAAGCAUUGCUGAAAAUAAUAACAUCAUUAAAAUGUUAAGAAAGUAGAAAAGACACUAGAACAUCAUUACUUCUGCUCACCAAAACAGAAAUAAUGUGCUUGCUAAUUUGUCUAAAUGAUUAUUUGAGUAAUUUUUCUUCCCAUUCAUUGUUAGAGAAGGAAGAAAAUAAAAUAUAAUUAAAAGUAAGAUACAACAUUGUUCAAAAUUAGUAGAGAUUGAUCUUAUAUGCUAUUCUCAUUUUUAAAUAGCUGGGAAGUUGAGAUUAAGAACUAUGAUCAAUUUUUUUUUACUUCAUAUUCAUUUCAAAUAUAAAAAGUAAUUGUUGGUCAGUGAUUAACAAAACUCUGACUGACAGUGAAAUGGAAAAAGAAGCCCCAGCAACUAAUUGGCUUAUCUGGUUCCUUGUACGAGAUAAUUUUUGUUGAAAGGUUUGUAGAACUAGUCAGUGAAAUAUAUUGUGUGUGUAAAAUAUUA